AAAGAAAAAACAAAGAGAGGCGGUGAGAGUGUGUGUGGGACUCGAAGACUUUUUUUCUCUCAGAGAGAGAGAGAGAGAGAGAGAGAGAGCGAGAGAGAAGCUCCAAAUCAAGCUUUCAAUUGUUCCCCAAUCAAUCUCUGAGAUACUUUUCUGCAGCUUUGGGGAAAAAGAGAUCUCUUUGAGAUUGAUUAAGAUCUGUUUUUGUCAUGGGUGAAGAAGAGACGGUGGCUAAUGGCACCUCAGCAGUGGCAAAUGGUACUAACCAGCCAAAGGAAACCUGUGAAGCUAUGAGUGAGAAGAAAUGUGAGGUGACUGUGGGUGUCAAAGAUGUGGAGGAAGAUAAGAAAAGUGAUGAGAAAGCUGGAGGUGAUAAAAUGGAUGAAGAUAUAGUCAAUGGAAGCAAAGAUGAAAAAGAUAAAGAAGAAAUAGAGGAACCCAAAGUUGAGGAAGUUGAAGACAAAACUGGAGGUGAUGAUAAGAAGGGGAAGACCAAGGAAGACUCUGAACAAAAGGUGAAAGUCGGAAAAAUGGAUGAAGACAGACAGGCAAAUGAAAGCAAUGGUGAAAAGGUGGAAGAAGAAAUAGAGGAACCCAAAGUUGAGGAAAUGGAAGAAGAUUCGGAUGCAAAUGAAAAAGGGAAGACCAAGGAAGACUCUGAACAAAAGAAGGAAACUGAAGUGGAAGAACAGAAAUUUGAUGAGACUAAUGAAGUAGAAGAUAAGGAAGAAGAGAAGGCAGAACAGAAGGAUGAAGAUAAGAAAGAAGAGAUGGAGGGAGAGAAAGAAGAAGAGAAGGGAGAAGAGAUGGAAGAAUAUAAGGAAGAAGAGAAGGGAGAAGAGAUGGAAGAAUAUAAGGAAGAAGAGAAGGACGAGGAGAUGGAAGAAGAGAAGGAAAAGAAGAAGGAUGAGGAGAAGAAAGAAAAGAGAGAGAAAGAGGCCAAGGGGGAAAAAGGAUCCAAAAAGCGUGGACAACAAAAGAGUGGAGAGAAAACUAAUGAGAAGAAGAGAAAAGUGUUAAAAAAGGAGCCGGAGCCAAGGACUCCUACUAUUGAUCGUCCUGUACGUGAGCGGAAGUCAGUUGAACGGCUUGUGGCAUCUAUCGAGAAAGAUAAUACCAGGGACUUCCAAAUAGAGAAGGGAAGUGGUACAGCACUAAAAGACAUACCUAAUGUGGCCUCCAAGUUAUCAAGGAAGAAAGUGGAUGAUACCCUCAAACUACUUCAUACGAUUCUUUUUGGGGGAAGGAGAGGAAAGGCAACUGAGGUCAAGGGUAACAUAUCCAAGUUUUCUGGUUUUGUGUGGCAUGGAAAUGAGGACAAACAAAAGAGUAAAGUAAAAGAAAAAAUGGACAAGUGUAAUAAAGAAAAGUUACUGGAUUUUUGUGAUUUGUUUGACAUACCAACCUCCAGAGCUACUUCUAAGAAGGAGGAUAUAGUUGCAAAGCUGAUAGACUUUUUGGUUGCACCUCACGCGACCACUACUGUGGUACUUGGAGAAAAAGAGCAGUCAAGUAAGGGUCAAAAGCGCAAGAGGUCAGCUAAAGGCCGUUCAUCGACAUCUGGGGGCUCUAGUUCAAAGAGGUCAGGAAAGAGUCGCAGAAAGAAAGAUGAUGUUUCGAAAGUGGAGGACACGAGUACACCAGAUACAGAUGAUGAGUCAGAGGAAGAGGAGAAGGAAGAUGACGAGGAAAAGGUAGAGGAAAUGGAAGAUGUUGCUCAAGAAAAGUCCGAGGACGAGAUUCCUGAGCAUUCAGAUAGUGAGGAAAAACAUGAUCUUUCAGAUGAUUCUGAAGAAGAAGUGGACAAAAAGAAGCCACAUUCAAAGGCAUCAUCUAGAAAGAAGGAAUCUUCUGGAAAAGCUAAAACUAGAAAAGCAACAGUUUCUGCUAAAUCUACUCCUAAAUCCACUCCACCAGCUAACAAACCAAAGAAGUCGACACCAAAAUCCACUCCGGUUGAUGAUGACAGUGAUAUGAGUCCAAAGCCAUCCUCAAGGAAAAAGAGAACUGAGAGAGUGUCAAAAGCCUCAGCUCUGACAAAAUCUGCUUCGAAAGAAAAAACUGUGAAAAAAGCUGCUAAAGGGAAGGACACGACCAAGGAGGAGAAGUCGAGGCCAAGUGAUGAUGAGCUGAGAGAUGCAAUAUGUGAGAUUCUAAAAGUAGUUGACUUCAAUACGGCUACUUUCACCGACAUUCUGAAGAAUCUUGCUCGGCAGUUCGAUACUGAUCUGAGUGUGAGAAAGUCCUCUAUAAAAGUGAUGAUCCAAGAAGAGCUUACCAAGCUAGCUGAUGAGGCGGAUGAGGAAGAUGGAGAAGAUGUAGAGAAGGAUGGAACACAAUCUGCUGGGGAAGUGGAAGCCUGAGCAAGAGAGAUGGUACAUGACUUCAUGGAACUGAAAUAGUUCACCUAUUAUCUUUUUCCAUCUUACCUGUGCUUUGGACUUGCCUUGUUCCUGCAUGUAAUAUCUAGUUUAUCAGUAUGCUGGCUGUAAUUUAAUUUUGUGCUUCAUUUGCUGGAUGUACGCUCAAAGUUGUACUCUGCAGGAAUGCUUCUUGCUAUGUAUGGAUCAUACAUAAAUUGUAGGGAUUUUACUGCAUAAUUUAACCCAGCCUAUUUCAGAUGA